AUGGAUGCCAAGGAAGUUCAUGAUAAGCAGAUGGCGACGGGGAAAGACGAGUCGCUCUCGCGCUCCACGUCAGGCAAGGAAAAGCCUGCACCGGAAAAGGAGAGCGAAGAGGCAAGCUUCGGUGCUUAUAAGAGAAUCUUCGGCUUCGCCAGCCGAGUCGAGCUGGCCCUGCAAGCGAUCGCUGUCCUUGCAGCAUGCGCAUCAGGGGCAGGAAUUGCUCUUCAAAACCUCAUCUUUGGCAGAUUCAUCACAAUCAUUACCGACUUUGUCGCCGAGACAUCAACCGCAGGGCAAUUCCGCGACGAUGUCGCUGAGAUGGCGCUCUAUUUCGUGUACUUGGGUAUCGCGCGACUCGUCCUCUCGUACACGUACAACACGCUCCUCACAUACGCUGCGUACCGUGUAAUUCGCAACAUUCGGCACAGCUACCUCAAGGCCGCGCUGAGCCAGGAGGUAGCAUACUACGACUUUGGAACCGGGGGGUCCAUCGCUGCGCAAGCGACCUCGAAUGGAAAGCUCAUCCAGGCUGGAAUUGCCGAGAAGAUUGGACUCUUGUUCCAGGGCCUCGCGGCGUUCGUGACUGCCUUCAUUAUCGCCUUUGUGGUGCAGUGGAAACUGACUCUGAUCUGCCUGUGUAUCGCCCCGGCUACUAUCAUUGUAAUGGGGGUUAUCGCCGGUAUUGAAGCUGGGCAUGAGACGAAGAUAUUACAGAUCCAUGCUCAGGCCAAUUCGUAUGCGGAGGGUGUCCUGGCUGGUGUGAAGGCUGUGCAUGCGUUUCAGAUGCGAGCGAGUGUGGUGAAAAAGUUUGAUGAGUAUUUAACAGAGGCACAUAACGUUGGGAAGAAGAUUUCGCCGCUCAUGGGAAUCAUGUUCUCUGCGGAAUAUACCAUCAUCUACCUUGGCUUUGGAUUGGCUUUCUGGCAGGGUAUACAUCUGAUGGUCAAAGGAGAGAUUAACACGGCGGGCGAGAUCUUCACUGUCCUAUUGUCAGUCGUCAUCGCUGCAAUCAACUUAACCUUGCUGGCACCAUACUCAAUCGACUUCAGUAGAGCCGCUUCGGCCGCUGCACAGCUGUUCAAGUUAAUCGACCGAGAGUCGACAAUAAACCCAUACAGCAAAGACGGCAUCGAGCCAGAAACGAUGAUCGGAGAAGUUGAGCUCGAGAACCUCUCCUUUAGCUAUCCCACCAGGCCGGGGAUCACUGUUUUAGACAACUUCAGCCUCAAAGUCCCAGCAGGGAAAGUAACCGCCCUGGUUGGACAAUCUGGGUCUGGAAAGAGUACCAUAGUCGGCCUCAUUGAACGCUGGUAUAACCCCAACACAGGAACUAUAACACUCGACGGCACGCCAAUCGAGAAACUAAACCUGGGCUGGCUGCGCAAGAACGUCCGCCUGGUCCAACAAGAACCAGUGCUAUUCCAGGGAUCUGUUUUCGAUAAUAUCAAAUACGGCCUGGUCGGGACUCCCUGGGAGAACGUGUCAAGAGAAGAACAGAUGGAAAAGGUGCAAGAGGCCGCCAAAAUGGCAUACGCGCACGAUUUUAUCACCGAGUUGACAAAUGGCUAUGACACUCCCAUCGGACAGCGCGGUGGUUUGCUCUCUGGUGGCCAGAAGCAGCGAGUGGCCAUUGCUCGCAGCGUCAUCUCCCAACCCAAGGUUCUUCUGUUGGAUGAAGCAACUAGCGCACUGGACCCUCAUGCAGAGGCAAUCGUGCAGAAGGCCCUCGAUAAGGCAGCAGAAGGGCGCACGACUAUUGUUAUUGCACACAAGCUCGCAACGAUCCGCAAGGCAGAUAACAUUGUGGUUAUGAGCAAGGGCUCCAUUGUCGAGCAGGGUACACACGAAUCACUGAUUGCAGAGGACGGGGUAUAUGGGCGGCUUGUUAGAAUCCAGAACCUCACUGUCGCUGCCAGGGAAGAAGCAGAUAUUAAAGAGGAAGAAGAUACCACGGAGGACGAGGCGCCCCUGGAGACAGCAGAGACAAUGGAAGGCCUCAGUCGGUAUGCGACCUCUGUCCGAGGGAAGAUGGAGUCUAUGAAAGAGCGAGAUAACUACGACAAUCACAAGCAGAUGGGCAUCAUGGCCGUCAUCGUUCGCCUGGUAAAGGAGUGUCCUCAGCUGAUAUGGGCGUACGUGUUUGUCGUGCUAGGCUGUCUCGCAGCAUGCGCUGCCUACCCUGGGCAGGCAAUCCUGAUGUCCCACGUCGUCGAAGUCUUCCAACUCACUGGAGAUGCGAUGCUGGAUAGAGGAGACUUUUACGCAUCCAUGUUCAUCGUUCUCGCUGCUGGCUGUCUCGUCUCAUACUUCGCCAUCGGUUACGCAACAAAUGUCGUAGCUCAUCAUCUUAGCCACUGGUUUCGCAGGCUCAUCCUGCACGAGAUGCUGCGCCAGGAUAUCCAAUUCUUCGAUCGCAGCGAGAAUACCACGGGCGCCCUCGUCAGCCAUAUUGACUCGUACCCGCAGGCGAUCCUGGAGCUGAUGGGCUUCAACAUCGCCUUGAUCCUCGUUGCCGUUUUGAAUCUGGUUGGCUCUGCAAUCCUUGCCAUUGCACACUCGUGGAAGCUGGGACUUGUCGUCGUCUUUGGCGGUCUUCCUCCUCUUGUUGGUGCUGGUCUGGCUAAGAUCAGACUUGACGCCAGCCUCGACCGCAACACUUCGAAGAAGUACUCCGCCAGUUCAUCGAUCGCCUCUGAAGCUGUGAAUGCUAUUCGCACCGUCUCAUCCCUCGCCAUUGAAGGUGACGUGCUGCGACGAUACACCGAGGAACUCGACACGGCGGUGGCAUCCUCCGUCAAGCCGAUGGCCAGCACGAUGGUCUGCUUCGGCCUGACGCAGUGCAUCGAGUACUGGUUCCAAGCUCUUGGAUUCUGGUACGGCUGUCGCCUGCUUUCGACCGGAGAAGUCAGCAUGUACAAUUUCUUCGUCGCAUUCCUGGGUGUUUUCUACACGGGACAGGCAUCUGCGCAGAUCUUCCAGUUCUCAACCAGCGUCACAAAGGGAAUCAACGCGACAAACUACAUCUUCUGGCUCCAUGGACUCCAGCCUACAGUCCGAGAGACGCCUGAAAACCGCGACAGUGACCCCGGGUCUGGCGCGCCCAUUGCCCUCGACAAUGUGCGCUUUUCAUACCCACUGCGACCUGACGCCGCUGUUCUCAAAGGUGUCAAUAUACAGAUAAACAAAGGCCAAUUCAUCGCCCUCGUCGGCGCGUCAGGCUGCGGUAAAUCCACCAUGAUCGCCAUGCUAGAGCGCUUCUACGACCCAACAACAGGCACGAUCACAAUCGACUCGUCCGCCCUCCCAGCCCUCAACCCAGUGCACUACCGCAACAUCGUCGCCCUGGUGCAGCAAGAACCCACGCUUUUUCAAGGAACGAUCCGUGAGAACAUCGCACUGGGAAUCUUCAACCCAGACACCGAACCCUUCUUCACGGAGAAACAGGGCCCAACUACAAAUGAUAUCCCCGAUAGUACCAUAGAAACCGCCCUCCGCGCUGCAAACGCCUGGGACUUCGUCUCCUCUUUACCAGAAGGUAUAUACACGCCCGCAGGGUCAGGAGGGACCCAACUCUCGGGCGGACAAAGACAACGCAUCGCGAUCGCGCGCGCCCUCAUACGCAAUCCCAAGAUCCUGCUGCUCGACGAGGCAACUAGUGCAUUGGACACGGAGAGCGAGAAGAUCGUGCAGCGGGCGCUCGAGGAGGCGGCGAAAUCGGGCGACCGCAUUACGGUUGCGGUCGCGCAUCGGCUGAGUACCAUCAAGGAUGCGGAUUUGAUUUGUGUGUUUUAUGGAGGAAGGAUUGUGGAGAUGGGUGAGCAUCAGGAGUUGGUUAGGGCUGGUGGCUUGUAUAGACGUAUGUGUGAGGCGCAGGCGCUGGAUUGA